UGUAACGGGUGUUCACUAAUAGGUGGCAAUUGUUGGACAAAUGGGUGGCAUUGGAUGAGUUCAAUGCUCUGCCGAAAGUGUCGCCCACUUUCUUCGACUUCAAUCUGAAGAUACGGUCGAAACCGCAGAAUCCUAUAGUGUUUAGGAUAUCGACUGAAGUGAAAAUCGGUUCCCACGAAGCCAUGCGUUAUAAAUACAAACUCUAUCCGUCCGAUGAGAUGGAGAACUCAUCACUCAAUCACUAUGUCUUCUGUCAGCUCAAAGAGGACCGACUUGUGGGCAGUUUCGCCGUUCAGCCGCCCAUCGAAGGCAGAUUCUUCCUCAAGAUAUUUGCCAAACCGGAGCGGGACAUGAAUGAGGGCCAGGACUCGACGAGUCUGCAAAACGUGUGCACACUGUUGAUGGAGUGCACCCGCGCUCGCAAAUACAUAGAGCCGCUGCCCAUCAACGAACUGCCCUGGGGGCCCACACAAACAUUUUACGACUACAAACUACGGCUCCACAACCAGACGGGGCCAGUGAUCGUGACGUGGGGCGGCCGACGCCGACUGGUCAUGGAGUCCAACGAGACUAUGCUUAUCAGUUACACCAUCUAUGACGCCGACGGCAUGGAAAUGGACACCAGGAGUAUCGUGAGUCGCGACGACUCGGGCAAUAAGAUCACGUUCACCAUCAGUCCGCCCCGUGUGGGCACAUUCAAGCUCAUGAUAUUCGGUAUGCCUAAGCCCAAGCAGAAGGGCAAAUGGCGGCUACCCCUCCUCGCCUCCUUCAUGGUC